CUAAAGAAACCACUACUGCAGCCUUAUCAGUUGAUUUCGUAAGUAAUGUACCAUCGCAAUCAAGUGUUUGUAAAUUCUGACCGGAAUACCCUGCGUGCAAUGAAAUCUUAAACACCAUGCACAGAUAAUGGCAAACAUUGGUAUAAGAUCAGUAGAUUCAUAACCGCGAGAGGUAUUAGUUGUUCUGAUCUCAAUUGAACCUUUCCAAUCAAGUUUUUUCACGACUGAAUAGCUGCAAUUAUGUGUACGAAAAUUAUCCUUUCCCGGCUAAUUGUUGUGUUAAUGUGUUACCAAUUAGGUCAGUCGGCACCAAUUCCAGCAUCGCCAUGCAGAAACAUGUUUAAAUACAAAACUCAUUCAAGAACUAAUGAAACAAUAGGUUUUAUAACAUUGACUGACGUUGAUGCAAACGAAAACCUUAGACUUGAUGUGCAGAUAUCAGUGGGAGCCUUGCUGAAAAAGAAUCAAAAGGCUUAUCUUAAGCUAUCCAAAUCUCUCGAGGCUACGUACUACGACAUAGUUCUAAAUAAAACAGCAAAAUAUUGGAUCAAAUUCCCAGUGCAAGAUCCUAUUCCGGUGCUAGUGUCAAUAGUCCGAAAUGGAGAAGAGUUGUGCUCCGGAUCACAAAUCGAACGGUAUCCAGAGACUACUAUAAAUUUGAGUUAUACUAUCAUUGCUCCAAAAUACAUCGUUGAGCAGUACGCGAUGAAAUAUUCGUCAAUUACUCCAAGAACCACCCGAAGACCCACCACAACAACAACUCUAACGCCUAAACAUUUACAAGACAAUUGCGGCACUUCCAACCUGGUUACGGAGCUCGCCAUGAAUGGCAUAUCCACUCGGGCAGGCCAAUUUCCAUGGGUUGUGCCACUGUUUAAGCGCAAACCAAGAGCAGAUCCCGAAUACUUCUGUGUUGCGACAAUCGUUACGAGUCGGCAUUUGCUGACCGCGGCGCAUUGCGUUUAUGACAAGCGCCCCGAAGAAAUUCUAGCUAUGCCCGGGAAGCACGACAUCUCAGAUCUAUCCGCCGGAAAUGGAGCCAUACAUGCCGAUAUACAGAAGAUCUCGUGCCACGAAGAAUACGAAAGUGCCAGUGAUCAUCUCGUCGACCAAGACGCGGAUAUUGCCGUUCUGAGAUUGGAAAAUAACCUCCGUUUCACGCAGUUCAUAAGGCCGAUUUGUUUGUGGCGAGAUCAUAGCCCGUUAAAUAUAAACAGCGCUCACAAAGGAGUUGUGUCAGGUUGGGGCGAGAACGAAGAAGACAGUUCCACAACCACUCCUUUCUAUUACACGAGUACCAUUGUUAGUAAGCAGCAGUGCAGCGAGAAUUUGGACAUCAGCAUUCCGAAAAGGGCCAGAGUAUUCUGUGGCGAUGGAGCAGGUUCUGUCGCUUGCAGAGGAGACUCCGGUAGCGCAAUGGUUAUGAGUCGCAACAACCGCUUUUAUCUGCGAGGCGUGGUAUCCAAAGCAGUCCUGGAUGAAAUGACGUUUAAAUGCGAUUCCAGCAAAUAUGCAAUUUACACCGAUGUUCCAAGCUUUAUCUAUUGGAUAAUGAGUAAUACUUAUGAUAUUGAUGAUGACUAAUAAACUUAUUUCACGUAA